UUUUUAGUUCAUUUCUUUUCCUUAUAUAUCUAUUUCCGUUUAUAAUUGUUUUCCCUUUGUAAAGACCUCUCUUGUCUUUUAAGUAUCUGAAACUUACACUUCAAGCAUAUAAUUUUCUUUUCUUUUUUGUUUCCUUACCCUUUUUAUUCUAUUUCUUUAUUAUCUCUCUUUCAAUUAGCUUUAGAUCUGGGUCUGUUUAGAGCAAAACCCACUUUUUAGUUAUUUCAGGCCAAUUGUAACUUGUAACUGCUUAUAGAUAUAUUAGAAGUUUCAAAAUUCAGAAUCACAUUUAUAUGCUUUUAUCACCUCCAAAUUUCUUUCUUUACUGUAGUCUGUAGCUCUUUUGAGCUUUUUCUUUGAAACUCUUAUUCAUUAACUAAUAAAAAAUCUAUCUUUUUGAUUCUUACUUUGUAUAUUUCAGCUCUUAAUCUGAUUCUCUCUCUUUUUUUUUUUCUUUUUGAGUUUUGGUUAUUGGUAUGUUUUAUUUUUCCAAUUUAUGCACCUUUGCUUCAAAGUCUUAGCUUGGAUGUUAUUCAUAUACCUAAAAACGAGGCUCUGGUUCUGUUACAGAACCUCCUUGCUUCUUUUUGGCUCUUUUCCCUUCAUUAGAUUUCUGGCUUUGUCUUUUUUUAUUUAGCAUUUCUGGGUUUUUUUAGCUUUAACUUGUGGGAAUUGAUUUCCAUGAAAAACCCAUUGAGUAUGAGAAAAAAUGCCAACUUCUACUCAGGAAGGGUGUUUAGUGACAGAAAGUGGUUCUUUCCAUUCUUUGCAAGCUUGCUUGUAUCUUUAACUCUAUUUUUAUCAGCUAGUUUGGGGGUAUUUACCUCUCCUUAUGGUGGAGAUCAGUUGCCAUUUGACAUUGUUUCUUUUUCAAGAUCAGAGGAUUCAAGUGGGUAUUUUAUAGAAUCAGAUUUGAAGAAAUAUUUUAAUGCAAGUGGGUAUUCAAAACUGGAGCCACCUAGAUUAGCUUAUCUUAUUUCAGGGACAAAGGGUGAUAGUCGUAGGAUGAUGAGGACUUUGCAAGCAGUGUAUCAUCCUAGAAAUCAGUAUAUUUUACAUCUUGAUCUUGAGGCACCACCUCGCGAAAGGUUGGAGUUGGGAAUAUCCGUGAAGAAUGAUCCUACUUUCCUUGAAGUUGGGAAUGUGCGUGUAAUGGCACAGUCCAAUUUGGUAACCUAUAAGGGGCCUACAAUGAUAGCAUGUACCCUCCAGGCAAUUGCAAUUAUGUUGAGGGAGAGCCUGGAGUGGGACUGGUUUAUUAACCUCAGUACCUCAGAUUAUCCUCUUGUGACACAAGAUGAUUUACUUCACAUAUUCUCGAAUUUUUCAAGAAACCUGAAUUUCAUUGAACAUAUGCAGAUUACUGGAUGGAAGUUGAAUCAAAGGGCAAAACCAAUUAUUAUUGACCCAGGCCUUUACUUAUCAAAGAAAUCCGACCUUGCUUUGACUUCUCAGCGUCGAUCACUUCCCACAUCUUUCAAGUUAUUUACUGGAUCAGCAUGGAUGAUGCUAACCCGAUCUUUUGUAGAAUACAGUAUAAUGGGAUGGGACAAUCUCCCACGAACACUCCUGAUGUACUACACAAAUUUCAUCUCCUCUCCAGAAGGAUACUUUCAUACUCUUAUUUGUAACACUGAAGAAUUCCGAAAAACAGCAAUAAGUCAUGAUCUUCACUACAUUGCUUGGGACACUCCUCCAAAGCAGCAUCCUAUCUCCUUGACCAUGAAAGACUUUGACAAAAUGGUAAAAAGCAAUGCUCCAUUUGCCCGAAAAUUUCCUAAGGAUGAUCUGGUUUUAGACAAGAUUGACAAAGAACUUCUAGGUCGUACUGGCCGGUUUGCACCUGGAGCAUGGUGUAUUGGCAGCUCAGCUAAUGGUGCUGACCCUUGCUCUGUGCGUGGAAACGAUUCAGUAUUCAGGCCAGGCCCUGGUGCUGAGAGGUUGCAACAACUGUUUCAGACAUUGUUAAAUGAAGAUUUUCUGAAAAAGCAGUGUUCAUGAUAAAGUUGAAUUUUGAUAAACUCCAAGUGUACAUUGGUGUAUCCAUAGAUUAUACGGCAGAUGUAGAAUGACAGGUUUUCUUUUUUUAUUUUAUUUUUUCUCCCUUGUGUCAAUGGAACAUUAAAGUUUUAUAAGGAAAAAUUUUGCUGACAUA